ACACACUCGGUGUGCUUUUUGGAGGAGAAGAGGGAGAUCCAUAUAGGAGUAGCAGUAGCUGGGAACGAUGGUAUCUUUGGGGCUGCAGAUUCUGGGCGUCGGGCUGGCGGUGCUGAGCUGGGUGGGGAACAGCAUCUGCAUCCUCCCCAUGUGGAAAGUCUCGGCCUUAAUCGGAAACAACAUUGUGGUGGCGCAGACCAUCUGGGAGGCUCUGUGGAUGACGUGCGUGGUGCAGAGCAUAGGCCAUAUGCAGUGUAAGGUCAACUACUCACCCCUCUCCUUGCCUCCGGACCUCCAAGCCGCCCGGGCCAUGGUAGUCAUCGCCGUCCUCUUGGCCCUGUUCGUGCUCCUGCUCUCGGUUGUCAGGGGGAAAUGCACCACCUGCGUCGGGGACCAGUCGGCCAAGGCCCGGGUGGCCAUCACUGCCGGGGUGUUCUUCCUUGUGGCUGGGGUGCUCAACAACUCCCUGGUACCCGACUCACAGAGGAGAGAGCUGGGCGCGUCCCUGUACGUCGGGUGGGGCGCGUCAGGACCGCUCCUGAUCGGGGGCGCGCUCCUUUGCUGUCAGUGCGGGCCGAGGGGAGACCUCUAUAUAACAUCGCGCCCAAAUCCUCUGCGUCGGGGAUAG